AUGCCAAAAACCAAGAAGCUUUGUCUCCAACCAUUUCUUCGUGGACUACUCGAUGAUCCAUCCAAAAGUGACAUCAUUCGCUGGACCGACAAGUCAAAGAUGGAGUUUCGAUUCGUGGAUCAACACAAAGUUGCCGAGAUAUGGGGAGCCACCAAACCAGGACGAAAGGCCAAGAUGACCUAUGACAACAUGUGCAAAUCGCUUCGGAAAUUCUGCAAGGACCGUGAUGGAUUGGAGAAGGUGGAAGGUAGACUCUGCAGUUGGCGUUUUCUAGAUUCUUCGAUCGAUUCUCAAUCUGACACUUUCACUUCUUCUGUGGCCACUCCGAAUGAUAAAAACAAGGAAUCUCCUCCCUUCAGUAUCGACCGUAUUCUCUUUUCGGAUUCCGGAAGUUCUGGAUCGUCUUCGGCAUCCCCUUCCAAAAACAUCACUAUGGAUUGGUUUCGGAUUGCUCAUCAAAUGAAUUUUCAAUACUUCACCAAUCUCAUUGCUCAGUACCAGAUGCUCCAAGCUAGUUCUCCAGAAGUUCAGUUAGACAUCAAUCCGUCUUUAUGA